AUGGGGUCAACGGAUUUGACAGAUAAAAUUCUCUGGGAUACACUCGCCUCUGCUAAGCGCCGGCGAAAACAACCUCGCGAAAGCCUCUCGCGGGACCUGACGUGUUUGGUGAGACUUCGGUACGCAGGUAAAGCAGUAUCACGCGAGAAGUUGAGCCGGAAAAGGGUAGGCAACUUUUUCUUACUAUCACAGCUGAAAGCAAACUCAGAGGGGAAGCUGGCAAAACAAAUUUGCAAAAUUGUGUUGGAUCAUUUUGAAAAACAGUAUUCCAAAGAACUUGGAGAUGCUUGGAGUAAGAUAAGGAAUAUACUAAUAUCACCAUCAUGCUGGCAAUAUGCUGUCCUGUUUAACAGAUUCAAUUAUCCUUUUGAACUGGAAAAGGAUUUACAUUUGAAUGGCUAUCACACACUCUUUAAUGGAGGAUCUUUACCCUAUUAUCCUGAAUCAAUGAAGUGUUACCUUAGCAGAACUGCAGACCGAAUGCCUUCUGAAAGACACAAAAUGGGAAACCUGAAAAAGUACUAUCUCCUAAAUGCUGCUUCUCUCCUCCCAGUUCUGGCUCUGGAAUUAAGGGAUGGGGAGAAGGUGCUGGAUAUGUGUGCUGCUCCUGGAGGCAAGUCAGUAGCUCUGCUGCAGUGUGCUCAUCCAGGUUAUCUUCAUUGUAAUGAAUUAGAUAGUCUGAGAUCAAGGUGGCUUAGGCAGACACUGCAAUCUUUCAUCCCACAACCUUUGGUGAAUGUAAUUAAAGUGUCUGAAUUGGAUGGCAGACAAAUAGGAAAUGCCCUGCCUGAAACAUUUGACAAGGUAUUAGUUGAUGCUCCAUGCUCAAAUGAUCGCAGUUGGUUGUUCUCUUCUGAUUCUCAGAAGGCAGCCUGUAGGAUAAGCCAAAGGAGGAAAUUGCCUGUUCUACAGAUAGAACUGUUAAGGUCUGCAAUUAAGGCCCUGCGUCCUGGAGGGUUACUUGUUUACUCUACAUGCACACUUUCCAAAGCAGAAAACCAAGAUGUCAUCAGUGAAAUUUUAAAUUCCUACAGUAACAUCAUGCCUGUGGACAUUAAGGGAAUGGUAAGGACUUGUUCCCAAGACCUCACGUUUGCUCCCACUGGCCAGGAAUAUGGACUCUUGGUAAUUCCAGAUAAGGGCAAAGCCUGGGGUCCAAUGUAUGUAGCUAAAUUGAAAAAACUGUCAACCAUAUGA